CCUCUCAAUCUCUCAAUAUUUCCCUCACCCCAUUUUGCUUGUACUUAUUCCAUUUCUUCUCUUCAUUCAGAGUUCAGACAUUCACUCUCGCUCUCCACUGGUUAUCUACAACUUCUCUCGUACACUCCCUUGCUUAGGCAAAGGAAGCCAAGAUUGUGAGAAGAGCAUACACUUUCAACUGUAGAGAUGGAGAUAACUAAUGUUUCCGAGUAUGAGGCCAUUGCAAAGGAGAAAUUGCCAAAGAUGAUUUACGAUUACUAUGCAUCAGGUGCAGAGGACCAGUGGACUCUUCGGGAGAACAGAUUUGCUUUCUCAAAGAUUCUGUUUCGACCUCGUAUUCUUAUUGAUGUGAGCAAGAUAGACAUGACCACUACUGUCUUGGGCUUCAAGAUAUCGAUGCCCAUUAUGAUUGCUCCGACUGCCAUGCAAAAAAUGGCACAUCCUGAAGGAGAGUAUGCAACAGCUAGAGCAGCAUCAGCAGCUGGCACAAUCAUGACAUUAUCUUCGUGGGCUACUUCAAGUGUUGAAGAGGUUGCUUCCACAGGACCUGGAAUUCGCUUUUUCCAGCUUUAUGUGUACAAAGACAGGAAUGUGGUUGCACAACUUGUGAGAAGGGCUGAAAGAGCUGGCUUUAAGGCCAUUGCCCUCACUGUUGAUACUCCAAGACUUGGUCGCAGAGAGGCUGAUAUCAAAAACAGGUUCACUUUGCCACCAUUCUUGACAUUGAAGAACUUUGAAGGAUUGGACCUUGGCAAGAUGGAUGAGUCAAAUGAUUCUGGACUUGCCUCAUACGUUGCUGGUCAAAUUGAUCGAUCUCUAAGCUGGAAGGAUGUGAAGUGGCUUCAAACAAUCACUUCAUUACCAAUUCUAGUGAAGGGAGUAAUAACUGCAGAGGAUACGAGGUUAGCCGUACAAAGUGGAGCAGCAGGUAUCAUUGUGUCCAAUCAUGGUGCUCGCCAACUUGAUUAUGUCCCUGCCACUAUCAUGGCUCUGGAAGAGGUUGUCAAAGCUGCACAAGGCCGAAUUCCUGUUUUCCUGGAUGGUGGGGUCCGGCGUGGGACAGAUGUCUUCAAAGCAUUGGCACUUGGAGCCUCUGGCAUAUUUAUUGGAAGGCCAGUUGUUUUCUCUUUGGCUGCUGAGGGUGAGGCUGGUGUACGAAAGGUACUCCAAAUGCUUCGUGAUGAGUUUGAGCUUACUAUGGCAUUAAGCGGAUGCCGUUCACUCAAGGAGAUCACUCGUGACCACAUUGUCACCGAGUGGGACCAACCUCGUCCUUUCCCUACACCGAGGUUAUAAAAUGCUGAGCCAACGUAUUAUCCAGUAAGUGUUAGGUUCCAUUUUACAUGUUAAACAGCUUGCAUGUCAUUGGAAGAGCUCAUUUUCGGGUUCAAUGAGUCUGGAAAUACUUCUGAAGAAUUUAAGCUUUUGUAAUGAUUAUGGAUGGAACUUCUAUAAGUGGCUAUGCUAGCCUUCCUGUAUAUUCUUUCUUUCAAUCCAGGAUGAUUCUAAAUAAUUUAGCUUUGCAAAUUAUUUACAUUCUGAAA